AUGUCGUCAGAAACCAACCCCAUCUCACCCGGACGCUUCGCAGAAGCUCUCAAAGAUCUCCCCCUCAGUACCCUCCACCUCAAAGCUGCCGAGAUCCGCAACAACAUAGCCCACCUGGACUACUCGAAUGAGCAACUCAAGCCCUUCGCGGAAGGCACCGAGACAAGCGCAAACGGUGUUCCCGACCAGGACUGCGUGGAUGCGAUCAGGGAGAACGAGAUUGUUAUUGCGAGGAUGCAGGAACGGUUACAGUUGUUAAGGGCGGAGGUUGAGGGGAGGGGGAGCAGCUGGGACGAAUUUAGGAGUGCGGAGGAGAUUCGAGAUGCGCAGCGUGAGGCGGAGGGCAGGACAGAGAGUGGAGAGAGGACGGUUAAUGGGACUGGAGAGGGGCACGAAGAAGAAGGAGAUAGGGAUGCGACGCAAGGCGGGCUAAGUGAGGCUUGGAGGGAUGGCACUUUUCAGACGGGGAGGAUCGUUAAUGGGGAAGUGCAGAUGGAUGAGGCACCGCCAGGUAAUAGAGCUACGAAUGGGUCUGGAAACGCGACUACAAAUGGUACUGGUGGAAGGCUAGAUGAUGAAACUUUGAUGAGGGCAAUGGAAGAGAGAAUGCGAGUGCUGGCAGAGGAGGACGAAGGUGGCAUACAUUUAUAA